UUAACAUGUUGCUCUCUUCCWMCAAUUAUUCMUGUCUUACAUUCAUUCCACUGCCAUCUUAACACGUCCCUUUUGUCCGUUUGGCACCUACGUGGUUAACAUCUGGAACAUCUGGAUCCAGCUUUUGGUCACAUGACCAGCUGGGGGGGAAGAGACAGAAGCUGCGGAACCCAGAUCCCAAAGUGUUUUGCACUGGGUGGUGAGUCCGCUUAACAAACUCCAAAAGUGAAGUCAAAACAUGUCGCAGCUCUUCACGAUCACCCUCUUCUUGUUACCAUGGAUUCCAGCCUUUCUCUGUAAGGUUACCACGGAGGAAGAGUUUGCCGUCCUGGAGGGCGGCUCCCUCACCAUCCCCUGCCACUAUGAGCCCCAGUAYGCCAGCUAUGUGAAAUACUGGUGCCAGGGGAGGACCAGGGAGUUCUGCACKUCGCUGGCUCGAACCGAYGACCAYCACCUGGYCGACCCGGCCGAGAAGAAAGUGAGCAUUUUCGACGACCCGGUCCAGCUGGUGUUCACCGUGACCAUGAAGGACCUGAAGGAGGACGAGUCGGGGUGGUACAUAUGCGGCGUGGAGAUAGGUGGYGUGUGGAAAGCUGACGACACCACUUUUACAAACGUUAAAGUUAUUCACGGCAUGUCAGCUGUGAACAGCAGGAUGAGUGGAGCAGAGGGAAGCGCCGUCACAAUCGAAUGCCUCUACAGUGAGAGAUACAGAGAAAGCGAGAAGAAAUGGUGUCGGAGUGGCGACUGGAGAUCCUGCCUGUCGACGGGUUCUGACGGGAGCUACGAAGACUCCUCCGUGGCCAUCAGAGAUGACAGAACUGGGGCUUUCACUGUAACCUUCAAGAAGCUGCAGAUGAAAGACACGGCGUGGUACUGGUGUUCUGCAGGGCAGCAGAAGACAGCUGUGCACGUGCUGGUCACACCACAACCCACCACCGUUCCACCAGUGCCGAGCCAGUCCUUCCCAGACCUGCCUCCAGCCAAACCCAUCACUAGGGAGACCUGGAGCAGCCACAGUCCCAUGUUGGCAUCUGUGGUGGUCUGCUCAUCUGUCAUUUUCCUGGCUGCGGUGGCCAUAUUGGCUAUAAAGUUCUGGAGGCUGCACAAGAGCAACCGGGUUCCAAGAGACGUGGAGGAGAUGAGGGCGAAAUUCAGCGGCUGCUCGAGAGAAGCAGGAACCAAGCAUGUGUCAUCAACAGAGAGCAUUAAGCGACACCGAAGACGAACGUUAUAGCAAGAUGAUGAAUGACUUGCGUGCCUCUGUGGUCCCCGUCUACCACCAAGCUUGUUGUUUCUAUGUCUCUGGCUUGAACAUCCCAAGAGGUGAAACCACAGUUGUUCCUCACACUGAAGAACCAGGCAUUCCUCUGCGUCUUACUGGAGCCAGAUUUGAUGUUCGGAAACACGUGGCACAAGUCUGGGAACCAGAAUAGGCUUCGCGCAAUGUUUGGUGGUUCUUUAAUCACAGCUGGUUCAUUCUGCUUUUCACCACUAUCUCAGUUUGUGAAUUUUAAGUAUUCUUUAGACAUUUUUGGCUCCUUGCAUUUACUCGGCCCCACUUCUGCCUGCAUUUGGAUCCUCACAAACACCUCACCUGCGACAUUGGGGGGCUGUCUUUGGCUUACUGAAACUAGAUCAGCUCCACUUGAAUUUUUCGCCUUAAAGUCCUUGAAACAUCCUCGAAACAUUAAUUAGACUAAAGUCUUAACAAACAGCAAUAUCCUUGAAAGUGAAACCCUUUGAUGAGAGUGUGUGCUUUAUUGGAGGUAGCCGUUGUUGACAUAUGAUGAAUGAUUUCAGGCUCC